AUGAUUUCAACUGGAGAUAAAUCUGAGACACCGAACACUCAAGGAGUAGUGAGAAAGCUUAUAGCAAAACUAAAUGGGAAAAAAUACUUUCUUGUAUUAGAUGACGUUUGGAAUACAUAUCUAGAUUUAUGGGUAAACUUGAGAAAUUCUUUGAUAGGAAUAGUUGGCUCUAAGGAAAGCAGAAUUUUAGUUACUACCCGUAGUAUAGACGUCGUAUCAGCAAUGCAAACAUACCCAUCUUGCACCCAUCAGUUGACGACACUAUCGAAAGCUGAUUGUUUGGCAAUGUUUGGGAAAAAACCAUUUGCCAGUGGUGGACCAAGAGAAAGUCAAACUUUAUCGGAUAUUGGUAGAAGAAUGGUAGAAAAGUGUAACGGUGUGCCAUUAGCCAUAAAUUCAUUAGGAGACCUACUGUACUCAAAGCAAAAUAAACAAGAAUGGGAGUCCAUCGAGGAGAGUGAAACAUGGAGUUUACUGGAAAAUGAAGAGGGGAUUUUUUCAGUAUUGCGUCUUUGUUUUGACCAUUUAACGUCACCAUCUCUGAAACAAUUGUUUGCAUACUGUUCUAUUUUCCCAAAGGACCAUGUCAUCAUGAAGGAUGAGCUGAUUCAACUUUGGUUGGGCCUAGGAUAUCUUAAAUCUUCUUCAAGAAGAAAGGUGGAAAUGGAAGAGUUAGGCAAUGAUAGUAUUUUCAUACCUUGUGCAUAA